AUGAUAUGGCUGAACUUCUCCUGGGAGAGUCGAAGCUGGAGCAACACUUGAAGGAGAAGCCCCUGAGGCAGGGAGCCAGUCCCCGGGGCCCCAGGCCCCAGCUCACUGAAGUGCGCAAGCACCUGACCGCUGCCCUGGACCGAGGGAACCUCAAGUCAGAAUUCCUACAAGAAUCCAAUCUGAUCAUGGCCAAGUUGAAUUGUGUGGAAGGAGAUUAUAAAGAAGCCCUGAACAUCUAUGCCCGGGUGGGCCUCGACGACUUGCCGCUGACAGCUGUACCCCCCUACAGGCUGCGGAUGAUCGCUGAGGCCUAUGCUACCAAAGGACUUUGUUUAGAGAAGCUGCCUGUUUCGUCCUCUACCAGUAAUCUCCAUGUGGACCGGGAACAGGAUGUCAUCACCUGCUAUGAGAAAGCUGGGGACAUCGCACUCUUGUACCUCCAGGAGAUAGAAAGGGUAAUACUAACUAAUAUUCAGAACAGAAGCCCUAAGCCUGGCCCUGCUCCCCACGAUCAAGAACUAGGUUUUUUCCUAGAAACAGGACUUCAGAGAGCACAUGUCCUCUAUUUCAAAAAUGGGAACUUGACGAGAGGAGUCGGGAGAUUCAGAGAGCUUCUCAGAGCAGUGGAAACGAGAACGACACAGAACCUGCGAAUGACAAUAGCCAGGCAGCUGGCAGAGAUCUUGCUGCGGGGCAUGUGUGAGCAGAGCUACUGGAACCCCCUGGAGGACCCUCCCUGCCAGUCCCCUCUGGACGACCCUCUCCGGAAAGGAGCCAACACCAAAACCUACACACUCCCUCGCAGAGCCCGUGUCUACUCAGGAGAGAACAUUUUUUGUCCUCAAGAAAACACUGAAGAGGCGCUGCUGUUACUGCUCAUUAGUGAAUCUAUGGCCAACCGAGAUGCUGUGCUAAGUAGGAUUCCUGAGCACAAGAGCGACCGCCUCAUCAGCCUGCAAAGCGCGUCUGUGGUCUAUGAUUUACUGACCAUUGCUCUCGGAAGAAGAGGCCAGUAUGAGAUGCUGUCAGAGUGCUUAGAAAGAGCCAUGAAGUUUGCCUUUGAGGAGUUCCACCUCUGGUACCAGUUCGCGCUGUCUCUGAUGGCUGCGGGAAAGUCUGCCCGAGCUGUGAAGGUGCUGAAGGAAUGCAUCCGGCUCAAGCCAGAUGAUGCCACCAUCCCGCUCCUGGCUGCCAAGCUUUGUGUGGGUUCCCUUCACUGGUUGGAAGAGGCUGAGAAGUUUGCCAAAACUGUCGUUGAUGUGGGAGAGAAAACGUCAGAAUUCAAGGCCAAAGGCUACCUAGCUCUGGGGCUCACAUACAGUCUGCAAGCUACUGACGCUUCCUUGCGAGGGAUGCAGGAGGUCCUGCAGAGGAAGGCGCUUCUUGCAUUUCAGAGGGCCCAUAGCCUAUCACCUACAGAUCACCAAGCAGCUUUCUACCUGGCUCUGCAGCUCGCCAUCUCCAGACAGAUACCAGAAGCUCUAGGGUAUGUCCGACAAGCUCUUCAACUCCAAGGUGAUGACGCCAACUCCCUGCACCUCCUCGCUCUCCUGUUGUCAGCCCAGAAGCAUUACCAUGAUGCUCUCAACAUCAUCGACAUGGCCCUGAGUGAAUACCCAGAAAAUUUUAUACUACUGUUUUCCAAAGUGAAGCUGGAGUCGCUCUGCCGGGGCCCAGAUGAGGCACUGCUCACCUGUAAGCACAUGUUACAGAUAUGGAAAUCCUGCUACAACCUCACCAACCCCAGUGUGUUUUGCAGUGACUCUGGACGUGGGAGCAGCCUCUUAGAUAGAACCAUCGCUGACAGACGACAGCUUAAUACAAUCACAUUGCCAGACUUCAGCGAUCCUGAGACAGGCUCCGUCCAUGCCACAUCAGUAGCAGCCUCAAGAGUGGAGCAAGCACUGUCAGAAGUGGCCUCAUCUCUGCAGAGCAGUGCCCCCAAGCAGGGUCCUUUGCAUCCCUGGAUGACGCUGGCACAGAUCUGGCUCCAUGCAGCUGAGGUCUACAUUGGCAUUGGGAAGCCUGCUGAAGCCACAGCCUGUAUCCAGGAAGCUGCCAACCUCUUCCCAAUGUCGCACAAUGUGCUAUACAUGCGAGGCCAGGUUGCUGAGCUCCGAGGAAACUUCGAUGAGGCCCGGCGGUGGUAUGAAGAAGCCUUAUCCAUCAGCCCCACCCACGUGAAGAGCAUGCAGCGACUGGCCCUGGUCCUUCACCAGCUGGGCCGCUACAGUCUAGCUGAGAAGAUCCUCCGGGAUGCAGUGCAGGUGAACUCGACCGCCCAUGAAGUCUGGAACGGGCUGGGUGAGGUCCUCCAAGCUCAGGGCAACGACGCAGCAGCCACCGAGUGCUUCCUGACGGCCUUGGAGCUGGAGGCCAGCAGCCCUGCUGUACCCUUCACCGUCAUCCCCCGAGUGCUCUGAGAGGACAGCCCACCUUACCUGCCACACAGGCCCAGGAUGCUCCGUCCAGGCUGCCAGGAGUCAUCCUAUCACCCAGUGAAUGGAUCUGCAGUACCAAGGCCCUGGAUGGAUGUUUGACCACAGUGGAGUAACCAUGCCAACCCUGAUCAUCGCUCUCCCCUCUUGCAUUCAUUCAUUCUUGUUGUUUUUGCCAGAUCCAUGGUCAUUUUUUGAAUCUACUGAUGUCAUUCAAAAUGGAUUAUGUGCCAUAUUCAGUUAGUUGUCACCUGGGUUUUAAGUAAAAUGAUUAAGGACUUAAUCAGCGAAUGUAGAAGAAUAUAUUCCAGGUUAAAAUUCAGCGGCAGAACAGAUUAUUUUUAUCAGUGCUGUAAGGAAAGCAACUGUCCUGUCCUCCGUCCCCUUCGCCACCUCUCCUGCCCCUCCCUUGGCCCAAAACCAAAUGUGAAUUUUCUGUUUCCCACCUCAGUGCUCGUCCAUGCCGGGACACCAGCUGACAACUUCUCAGUUUUAUUGUCAACAGUUGUACCAAGUGGUGAAUUACUGUUCUACUGUUCUCCUAGAGCAAAGCCUGAGUCUAAGAAUAUUUAUAUUUUACCAAUAUAUGGCUGUUACAAGAGAAGGAAAUAUGAGUUAUUUAAGUUUAACUUUUUUAUGUGAAUUCAGAGUUUAUUUAUCGAUGGAAAUAUGUACAAAGAAACUUCAAAUGGAAUAUUUACCGACAUUCCUUAUACAUGACAGACACUUGGCUAAACAGGAAGAUGAUGUUAAUAAAAAAAUGAUUUUUAAAUGGA